AUGGGUGGAGCCGGGACAGGACCAGAGCUGGUGGACUACCUGUUGUACGAGCCGGAGGAAUCGGGAAUCCUGUGGAUCAAGUUCAACCGGCCGGAGCGGAUGAACGCGCUGAUCGGCAACUCGCAGGAGCAGGGCACAGUUGCCAAGGUCGGGGAGUACAUGCGGGCGGGCGACGACGAUCCCAACAUCCGGGUGAUCGUGCUGACCGGCGUGGGGCGCGGGUUCUGCUCGGGUGCGGACAUGCGACGCGACAACGACCCGUCGACCACCGGCGAUAACUUCAUCGGCAACCGGGGCACCGAGGAAGGUCCGGACGCUGCCAGGCAGCACUUCUUUCACGGGUUCACUCACCUGCACCGCGACAUCUCGCUGAUCCGCAAGCCGACCAUUGCCAUGAUCAACGGCCCCGCUGUGGGCUCCGGCAUGGACAUGGCGCUGCAUUGCGACAUCCGGGUCGGCUGCGAGAAUACGCGGUUCAUCAGCUACCAACAGCUGGGGCAAAUCAUCGAGAACGGCGGAAGCUACUACCUGCCGAAGAUGGCCGGCCUGGGCCGCGCGCUGGAGUUCGCCUACACCGGGCACCUCGACGCCCAGCGAGCCUACGACUGGGGGCUGCUGAACUACAUGGUUUCCAGCGAGGAUCUGGAGCAGACCACCCGCGACCUGUGCGACCGGAUUAUGCGCACGCCGCCAAUGGUGCAGUGGAUCAGCAAGCGGAUCAUGCGGACGGCUAUGGAUACCAGCCUGGAAAACACCAUGGUGCUGACGUCCAACGCGGGCGGCAUCCUCAACGGCUCGGACGAUGCCGACGAGGCGCGGCGGGCGUUCCUGGAGAAGCGCGCCCCGGUGUUCCGGGGGCAGUAG